AUGUCCCCCCACUCCCACGAUGAUGGCCAGGUUCUCUUCUCUGAAUUCUUGAAACAUCGAGUAUUUUGUGAAACUAAUAUCUAUCUAUCUAUCUAUCUAUCUAUCUAUCUAUCUAUCUAUCUAUCUAUCUAUCUAUCUAUCUAUCAUCUCAGUCUGUUCAUGUCUAUCUUUCUAUCACAACCCGGCGGCCCUGGCAUCCCUGCUACCAUCGAUUCCUCUACCCAGUUCCACCACCCGACCGAUUCUAUCCUGUUCGUUCAUUCCUCAUCGUUUCUGUUUUUUUGGGUUUUUUUUUUAUUUAUCAUGUUUUCUUUUUAUCUGUUUUUUUUUUUUUUGCUUUGCUUUUUUUUUUUUUUUUUUUUUUUCUUUAACGACGCCGCCAUCUUGAUUCAACAACGGGUCUUCUCUUCUUUCCCGCCCUCCCGGAUCGAUGGCGUCGAUCACUAUCCGUUCUUUCUUCCUUUCUUUCUUCGCCUCACUCUCUCGCCUUCUCUCAAUCACCCCCUCUCUAUCAGUUGUCAUUUCACUCCCUCUUUUUGUCGCAAUCUCCUUUUAUUUUUUAUUUCUUUCUUCCUUUUCUCACCGUUUUUUUUUUUGUCUUUCUUUCUUUGGUAUUUUUUCGUCCAUUUUUUUUCCUUCUCCGCAUUUUUCUUUUUUCAUUCCUCGAUUUUUUCAUUCUUUUGCUUGAGUUCUUCCUCCUUCUUUAUCAUUAAUUUUUCUUCUUUUUUUUCUUCGACCAGUUUUGCCUGUUCGAAAUUUUCUUUCUCCUCUUAUAUUUUUUGCUAUUCUUUCUUUACUUUUAUAGUUGAUCUUUUCUUUUUUUUCUUCCUUUUUUUAUUAUCUUGUUUACUUCUUUUACUCUUUCUUUUUUCCCUGUUAUUCUUCUCUUUCUUUCUCUUUCUUCCUUUUAUCAUUUUUCUUUCAUUUUUUCUUCUUUUCUCUUUGUCUUUUCUAUUCUUUCCUGUUUCUUUUUUCUUCUUCCAUAUUUCCCUUCUUAAUUUUCUAAUUGCCAUUUUCUUUUUUUCUCGUUCUUUCUUUUUUUAUUCCUUUCUCUCUGACUUUCUCUCUUUCUUUUUCUUUCUCUUUUCUUUCUCCCUUACUUUCUUUCUCAUUGCCUUCUUCUUUCCUUUCUUUUCCUUUCUCUUUUUCUUCAUCUUUAUCUCUGUAUAUCUUUAUCUCUCUUUCUUUCGCCUUUUUCAUUUCUUUCUAUUUUUUCCCUGCCUUCUCUGUCUCUCUUUUUCGAUGCUUCUUUUUCUCUUUCUUUCUCUCAUUUCUUCUUCUUCUUCAUGCUCUCUCUCUCUCUCUCUGUCUUUGUCUCUUUCAUUCUUUUUCUCACUAUCUUUCUUGCCUCUCUCUUUCUUCUGUCAUUUUCUUUUCCUUUUAUUCUCGCUUUAUUACUCUUUUUUUCUUUCAUUAUUUCCAUUGAUUUUUUCGAUUUUUUCUCUCUUUUUCCCCCUUUCUCUCUAUUUUUCUUUUACUUUCGUUUUCCUGCCUUCUCUCUUCCUUUUUUUCUUUCUUAAAGUUCCUAUCAAUUUCCAAACUUGCCUUAUCGCUUCUUCUUUCUUUCUUUCUUUCUUUUCAUUUAUGUCAUCCAUCGUUCUUUCUUUCUUUAUUUUUCUCUUUCUUUCUUUAUUUUCAGUCAAACAUAUUUUUCCUUAUUUCUUUUCAUUUUUCACUCAACCUUUUUUUUUUUCUGUAUUUCUCUCUUUUUGGACCUCUUUUUCUUACAUAAACAAACGCUCUUCAUUUCUUUUUCAUUCUCUUUUUUGUGGGGUCGGGGGUGAGGCAAAAUCCUCUUUCCAUUAUUUCUCUCUCUCUCUCUCUCUCUCUCUCUCUUUCUUCCUUUCUUUCUUUUUUUUCGAAUAUAUUUCUUUUUAUUCUUGUCUUUUUUUUAUCUUCAUAUUUUUCUUCUUUUUUUUCUGCAGAAAUAUCUUUAAUUUUUCUUCUUUCCUACAUCCGCCCCCUUUUUUCUAUUUUUAUCUUUCAUUUCUUUAA